AUGGAAAAGGUAGUGGUGAUUGUGGUGAUAGUGGUGGUAGAGAUACAGGUGGAGGAGGUAGAUGUGGUGAUGGUGGAGGUCCAAGUUCUGAUAGGAGAUGAAAGUGGUGGCAUUGGUAGUGGUGGAGGUAAGGGACAUGAUAGAGGUGGUAGUAAUGGUAGUGGAUGUGUUAGAGUUGAUAGUGGUUGUGUUAAUAAUGGAGGUGAUGGAAAUGGUGGUGGUAAUGGAGGAGAUAGUAGUGGUGAUGAAGAUAGAAAUAGAGACAUGUAUGACCUUGGAGGUGGUAGAGGUGGUAGUGGUAGAGGUGGUGGAGGUGAUGAAGAUGAUGGUGGUAAUGGUGGAAGUAAAGUGGAGAUGGUGAUGCAAGAGGAGGUAGUAGAAUUUUUGAUGAUGAUAAAAAUGUUCUUUCCCAGCCUCUGA